GGCGGUUGCGUCAGGAGGAUUGUCCUGGUUCGCUCCUUGCCCAGGCUCGUUCCGCCAGCGCUUCCAGCCACCAUGUCCGGCCGCGGCAAACAGGGAGGCAAGGUCCGAGCCAAGGCCAAGUCGCGCUCGUCGCGGGCCGGGCUGCAGUUCCCCGUGGGCCGCGUGCACCGGCUGCUGCGCAAGGGCAACUACGCGGAGCGCGUGGGCGCUGGAGCUCCCGUCUACAUGGCGGCCGUGCUGGAGUACCUGACGGCCGAGAUCCUGGAGCUGGCGGGCAACGCGGCCCGCGACAACAAGAAGACGCGCAUCAUCCCCCGCCACCUGCAGCUCGCCAUCCGCAACGACGAGGAGCUCAACAAGCUGCUGGGCAAGGUGACGAUCGCACAGGGUGGCGUGCUGCCCAACAUCCAGGCCGUGCUGCUGCCCAAGAAGACUGAGAGCCAUAAAGCCAAGAGCAAGUAAAUUUGGCGAGCAAAGCCACUCAGACUUUGCCCAACCUAACAUUCUAAACAAAAGGCUCUUUUCAGAGCCACCCACGUAGUCAGAAAAGAGUUGUGUUGCUUUCUUUGAAAAAGUACUCUGGUGCUGUGUCUUUAAUAGUACUGACUUAAACUCAAACGAACUUGUGUUUUGGUCUUUUAAAACUUUGUUUCUAGUGAAGAGGGCUGAUACGUAUGCUUUCUGACCCAUGUUUCUAAAUGAAUGUUGAUACUUUUGUAA